UACAAAAUAGUAGUUACUAGUCAUAUUCCAAAAAAAAGCUAGAAUUCAAUUAAGUUUAACGUAGCAUGGGCAAAUGCCAAAUGCAAUAACGUUAUGGAAGACCAAAGGCAGAGAAAACCCAGAAUCUUGUGCCUCCAUGGGCACGGAAGCACUGGUGAAGUGAGGUUCAAGCAAUUAGUCUUUACUAAGUGGCCUCAAUCUGUAACACAGAAGCUGGACCUUGUUUUCCUCGAUGCCCCGUUUCCCGUUGAGGGAACUUCUGGUAUUGAAGGCUAUGAAUGGUUCCAUGCCAAUGAGGACUUCACUGAGUAUACCAACUUCGAAGAAGGUUUAGAAUUCAUCCAAGACUACAUGCUGGAAAAUGGUCGGUUCGAUGGCAUCAUGGGUUUCUCUCAGGGAGCACUUUUAGCGGCUGCGAUGCCAGGAAUGCAAGCACAUGGCGUAGCACUUGCGAAGGUAGACAAGAUCAAGUUGGUGAUUGUGAUCUCAGGAGCCAAGUUUGGUGGAAAGAUGUUUGGAAUGCCUGAACUUGCUAAAGAUGCAUUCUCCAAAAUAAUAGAUAUCCCGUCCCUUCACUUUAUAGGGAAGACGGAUAUAGCGAGGCCAGAGCAUAGUGUUUUGUUGGAAGCAUUCAAGGAUCCUGUUGUGAUUUUCCACCCUGAAGGCCACACAGUUCCCAAACUUGAUCAUGGCAAGAGUCUUGAAACUGUGCUUGGUUUCAUUGACACGAUUCAGACACUGGUUUAUGGUGCAUUUGGUUCCACAUCUCGGUUAUAACUUUUAUAUUUAAGAUAUAAUUAAGAUAAUAAUUAUAGCUUU